AUAAAUAAUGACUAGGUAACAUUAUAAAGAUCGCCAAUCUUGUUUGAUCACUUCCUACGUAUCAUCAAAGUGCGCAGUUUAAUUUGUGUUGAGUGCAUUCUUCUGAAACACCUUGACUUGCUUUCUUGAGUUGAACGCCUUCGAUAAACCCACUCAUAUCAUUCUACUGUGGAUUUUCUUCGCGGUAACGUUUCGAACAGAUUCUUCGAGAGUGCUACUAAGACUGAGUGAUCGAAAAGAUGCCGCUAACUUUGUAUAUGGAAAAUUUGAGUCCGCCUUCCAGGGCAGUCAUGAUGACCAUUGAGGCUUUGGGAAUCAGUGUGGAGUACGUAACUGUGAAUCUAGCGAAGAAGGAGCAUCUUAAACCGGAGUUUCUCAAGAAAAAUCCCCUUCAUACGGUUCCUACGCUAGUAGAUGAGAGUACCAUCAUAUGUGACAGUCAUGCAAUAAUGGCAUAUUUGGUCCCGAAAUACAGUAGGGACGAUUCUCUGUAUCCUAAGGACCUCAAAAAGCGUGCUAUGGUGGAUCAAAAACUACAUUUCGAUACUGGAUUCCUUUUCAACCAUGUUCGCCUAUUCGUCAAAAAAUGCUACGCUGGAAGGUGCAAAAUCGUAGAAGAUUAUGAGAAAGAUUUCAUCACGCUCGGCUAUAAUUUCCUAGAAACCUUUCUGAACGAAACCCCGUACGUGGCCGGGGACACCCUCACCAUUGCUGAUUUCAGUGCAAUCACCAGCGUGAAGGGGAUGGACAUACUUGUGCCCAUCGAUGAAACGGUCUAUCCUAAACUAGCCAACUGGAUGAGGAAGAUGGAGGCACUCAGCUAUUACAAGAAAGUGAAUGAUGUUGGAAUGAAGGAUUUGAUAGAUUUUAUAACUUCACUAAGUGAUGUAAUUGUUAAAACUUGAUAUGAAUAAAUAUUAAUUUUAAAGAUGGAAA